AUGGAACGUAUGGAAGGUGGGUUUGAAAGCAGCCAUCAGGAUAGGGAAGACCUUCCUCCGAGGUCUAUCAUCGAUGAGAAUAACUACUAUAGAUCCACUUUAUUCGCCAUUCCUGAAAAGCAGGAUAUAAUAAGAACCUCGGGGAUUCCCUUUGUUAUUAAUGUAAUACCAGAAAACUACGAGGAGGAGGAUAUUCCACUGUGCUCAGAUGAUAUAAUCCGGUGUGAAUACUGCAAAUCCUACUUGAAUCCUUUUGUUGAGAUCAUUCCUCCAGGCUUGAAGUGGAAGUGCAAUGUUUGCCUAUCAAUCAAUGAUUUGGUUACUGCAUUCCAGGUUACUAGCAGAGGCAUAACCAGAGAUGGCGAUUUGUUUGAUCCAAGAGCAAACUCAAUCCAUAACUACAGCUAUUACAAUAGAACAGAAUUAAGAAGCACUGUGUAUGAACUGGAGGCGCCGCCAAACUAUUCACUCAAAACCCCAUCUCCUCCGCUGAUAUGUUUCCUCAUAGAGGUGACAUUUGAGAGUAUGAAGUAUAGGUCUGUCGAUGCCGUCAUGAGAAGCAUUGCUGGGGGGCUGAACUCAAAAUCCUUUGAUCCAAGGUCAAGGAUGAUGUUUGCGUUCUUCGACUCGUCUGUAUAUCUUUUGAAAAGAAACGGGGACUUCUCUGUAAUCUCAGAUGCAACAUAUAUCCCCUUCUUUCUAGAAGAAGACUUUCUGCUACCUCUUGAUCAUCACCUUGAUAUCGAUGGGGUAGAGAAGUUCUUCAUAGAAAAUAAACCCACGAGAAACAACUAUGGAGAUGCAUUAAGGAUCGUUCAGAACAUACUUGGGGCUACUGGAGGAUGUAUAAUUUCCUUUUUGGCAACACAUCCAAAUGUUGGGCCUGGAUCUGUAGAUACUAAUCAGUACGAGCUAAGGUGUAAGUCUGUGUUCUAUAAGGAGAUAUCGGUGCAUUUGUCCAAGCAGGGAAUAUCUGUUACACAGUUUUUAUUUCCCCGACUUGGAAUAGAACUUCCUACUCUUAGCGUGCUGAGCAAAUACACCGGAGGGAUGCUUUAUUACUAUCCAAAUUUCGACGGAAGUGAUCCUGCAUUUGCUACAAAACUGGCGAAUGACCUGGCCUCGCACCUUGACUUGAACUUAGGGCUGUAUGGAAUGUGCAGAGUCAGAACUAGCAAGUGUGUCUUUAUAAAAGAGUACUUCGGCUCUCUGCAUCAUAGAUCGGAAGACCUGAUAUCGUUUUCUACAUUCUUUCCUCCCCACUCAUUUAGCUUCGAAAUAGAUGUAUCCAGAGAAGAAGGGACUAGGGGUGUUUGUUUCCAAGUAGCCAUUCUUAGGACACUCAGGACUGGUGAGAGGAGAAUCCGGGUCGUGAAUUUUUGUAUAGAUAGGGUGGCCAGGUCACUAUACAGCAUUGUAGAUCCAUAUGCAAUAGCACAUGCACUUGCACUAAAGGCUUUCUUCUUCGAAUCAAGAUCUAAAGGCGGAGGAAAUGAGUACCUCAGCAAGUCGAUGAAGGAUAUUGUAAAGUCAUACAAGCAACUCUCCAACACAACAACCCUUCUUCCAGCAUCUCUUGAAGUUCUUCCCAUGCUCGUCCUGUCGCUCUGCAAAUCAAUUCCCCUCAGGCCUGCAUCUUACACACCUAUGGACUACAAGUCGUAUUAUAUAUAUCUGUUAUCCAACUCAUACCCAAAACUUGUUGAUACUAUGAUUUAUCCAACGCUUCUUCCUCUGCACAGGCUAGAUUCUGUACAGCCACUCAAUCUUACCUUGAACUGCCUUGAAACAAAUGGGCUGUAUCUUCUGGACACCGGCGUGACUAUAUUUUUCUUUGUAGCUAGAGAUUGCGACCCGUCUCUCCCGAAUCUAUUAUUUGAUCCCUCCAUAGGGUCUGAGAGAUUCAUCUUUGACCCUGAGAAAAAUGAGUACAGUGACUCUGUUUGCAAGAUAAUCAAGGAGUUGAGGAGCAACAGGUAUUUAACUCCAAACUAUGUUCUAGUGAGAGAUGAUGGUAUAAGCAGCAUAUACAGGGAUAUCUUCUUCACCUACUUUGUGGAGGACGAAUCCCAUGGUCUUCCAUCCUAUUCUAGAUACCUUGAGUUGCUGAGAGCCCAAUAA